AUGGACAUCAAUAUCGACAACCACUACACAUCGAAGGUCUACACUUGCGGUACAACGAUAUCAGGCCAUGUCUCAAUCAAUCCGCGCCACGACACAGAAUUUAGCUCAGUUCAGAUCAGCCUCCAGGGAAAAGCAAGUGUCCGCAUCGACGACACAUACUCUUCCAGGCAGACAUCACAGAUUCUCUUGAAAGUCGAUAUGCCGGUGGCGGAAUCGGCAUAUCCCGAAUCAAGAAUAUUCAAAGCCGGAGAGACAUACAAGAUACCGUUUCGAUUCAUCAUUCCCAGCCAACUGACAGAGGCUGCGUGUCAACACGACGUCGAGUCAACGUCGAUACGCGAUUAUCACCUGCGGCUUCCUUCCAGUCUACUAAGUUGGGGCAAGUACGACAUGACUCCCAAGCUCUUGGGCAUUCGGUAUCAUAUCAAAGCAAAAGUUGUGCGAGAGUCUGGUCCGCAAUGCCCCAAGCCGUCUGAAGUUCUCUCAGAGGCUCAAUACGAGAUCAACCUACUUGCAGCAUCUCCAGAGGAACCGCCACUAAGUGUCAACGCACGGGACUCGCAAUAUUGCGUUAUCGAAUCAAAGAAUGUUUCAAAGGCCUUGUUCUCAGGGCCGUUGGGCCGUGUCGCUGCAGCAGCGGCACAGCCGCCUACAAUCCACUUGAGCCGGGACGGACGCACCGCUUGCAGCUCCUCUUUUCAAGCGAACCUUAUCUUUGAACCAUCUGUUACAAGUGUUACUCCGCCGAAAGUAGUUUUGCAGUCGAUCAAAAUUGUUGCGCAAACCUGGUAUUCGACAAAGGUCAUGAACGGCUUGCCCAACAUGGGCUCCCUUCGAGAGCCUUUCAAUAUUUCGGCGCGAGUACUGUGGGAGACUCUGGAAUACGAGUCUUGGAAACCCAAGACGAUUCCCGAUAGUCAAGAUUCUGCAGAGGCGAAGGAAGAAAGCUGGGAUUCGGCACCGCCGACGCCUUAUUCAACGACUUUGCGAGCUGAGUUUCGCCUGCCCACUGAGAAAUACGUUUUCCCGCCGACCUUUCACUCAUGUCUGAUAUCAAGAACGUACGCCUUAAAAAUUAGCCUGAGCGCUGGCGGUACUGAUAUCAGCCUGGUAUUACCCAUUCAAAUUGCCAUGGAAGCAAACGAGCAGCCGACAGCGAGGCUGCAGGAUGCGGAGUUGCCAGUUUGGAGACCAUGA